AUGGCUAAGCCCAGCGUCUUGUUUGUCUGCGUGCACAACGCUGGUCGCUCCCAAAUGGCUGCUGGCUACCUCAUGCACCUUUCGGGCGACACUAUUGAGGUCCGUUCUGCCGGAUCGGCCCCGGCUGGCUCCAUCAAUCCUAUGGUUGUUGAAGCUAUGCGCGAAGAGGGCAUCGACCUCAGCAACCAGAUUCCCAAGAUCCUUACGACCGAUGCGGUUCAGAGCAGUGAUGCUGUGAUCACCAUGGGCUGUGGCGAUGUUUGCCCUUUCUUCGCUGGCAAACGCUACCUCGACUGGCAACUUGACGAUCCUGCCGGGGAAGACCUGGAUGCUGUGCGGAUCAUCCGUGACGAGAUUCGUCGCCGUAUCGAGACACUCAUAACCGAACUCGCGUCUUCCAGUUGA